AGGACACAAGCAAAUCAGACUGAUGGAGUCACCUUCAUCCUCCUGGGCUUCUCCGAGUACCCUGAACUCCAGGUGCCCCUGUUCCUGCUAUUCCUGGCCAUCUACACCAUCACCGUGCUGGGGAACCUCGGCAUGAUCCUGAUCAUCAGGGUCAACCCCAGACUCCACACCCCCAUGUACUUCUUCCUCAGUCACUUGUCCUUUGUUGAUUUCUGUUACUCCAGUGUGGUUACCCCGAAGCUCUUAGAAAAUCUCAUUAUUGAAGAUAGAACCGUCUCCUUCAGUGGAUGUCUCACAAAGUUCUUCUUAGCCUGCAUAUUUGUGGUGACAGAAACAUUUGUGUUGGCCGCCAUGGCCUAUGACCGAUUUGUGGCAGUUUGCCAGCCUCUCCUCUACACCGUCGUGAUGUCCCCAAAGCUCUGCUCUUUGUUGGUAGCUGCCUCAUACACUUGGUCUCUCAUCUGCUCCUCAGUAUUCAUAUACUUUUUGUUGAUUUUGUCUUUUUGUGGGAUUAAGUUCAUCAAUAACUUCGUGUGUGAGUACUCUGCCAUUGUUGCAGUCUCCUGCUCUGACCCCUAUCUUAGCCGGAAGAUACUUUUCAUCUUUGCAACGUUCAAUGAGAUGAGUAGCCUAAUAAUUGUUCUUAUGUCUUAUAUUUUCAUUUUUAUCACUGUCACAAAAAUGUCUUCAACUGGGCGUCUCUCCAAAGCAUUGUCUACGUGUGCAUCCCACCUGACCGCCAUCACCAUUUUCCAUGGCAUC